AUGGAAAACAUCCUCAUCGUCGGCGGGGGCAUCUUCGGCGUCAGCACAGCAUACCAUCUAGCCCGCCGCAUCCCAGACCCAUCCCGGAUCACCGUCCUCGACCGCGCGCCCGCGCCCAGCAACACCGCCGCCUCAACCGACAUCAACAAGAUCAUCCGCGCGGACUACUCCAGCCCGCUGUAUAUGCAGCUCGGUCUCGAGGCCAUCGAUGCAUGGAAAAGCCUCCCGUUCUUCCAAGAAGCCGGCGUCUACCACCAGUCUGGGUGGAUCGCAAUGGACGAAAAGGCGAGUGAUGUGCCGCAGCGUAUCCGCCAGAACUUUCGCGCAUGCGGCCAGGAUGACUCUAUUGUCGAUUUGACGGAAGAGGAGGUGCGGACGCGCUGGGGAGGUCUCUUGCGUCAGACGGAUUGUCGUCCGUUUGGGUCGUAUUACUUUAACCCGUCGGCGGGAUGGGCUGAUGCGGGGGAUGCACUGCGGAUCUUGGCUACAGAGGCUGUUAAGCUGGGGGUUAAUUAUGAAGUUGGCGAAGCUAGUCGUGUUGUGUGGGGAGAUGGGCAAGUGCAAGGAGUGGAAACUGUUGAUGGGCGGUCGUACACAGCGGACAAGGUGCUUCUGGCUACUGGGGCAUGGACGAGCCAGUUGAUGUCCUCAAUCGAGGAUGAAUUGGAGCUCGAUGAGGCAGACCGUGUGGAAUGUCAGGUCUCAGCAGCUGGAGUCUGCGUCGCGCACUUCAACCUGUCAGACGCGGAAAAAGAAGCAUACUCCCAGCUGCCAGUGCUGGUGUACGGGGAACAAGGAGAGAUCAUCCCGCCCAAUGCUGCUGGAGUACUCAAGUUCACCUUCUCCACGUCGUUCAAAAACACCAUCCGAACCCCUUCUGGCCACGCAAUAUCGGUCCCAGCUGAUCACGAUCAGUUCCUCGCGCCGAGAGGUCUUCAAUCCGACAGCAUGUCGAAGAUUAAGCCCCGUUUGCCUCAGAUACUGGAGAACGACCGCAAACCGGACUAUUACCGCAUAUGCUGGGAUUCUAUCUCUCCAAGCCAGCAUCCUCUGAUUACUCGCCAUCCCGAUAAUCGUCUGAAGAAUCUAUAUCUGGCAGUCGGAGGAUCUUUCCAUUGUUACAAGUUCCUCCCCAUUAUUGGAAACUACGUGGCCAACGUGUUACUGGGAGUUAGCAAUGGUCAGGCAAAGGACACGGCCUGGGCGUGGAAAGAUGCCCAUGCAGACCGAGGAGUACAUGAGAGUCUCGUGCCAACACAGGAAUGGCGUGAUUUUAUAUAG